AUGUAUCUCGGUGUACUUGGUGGUGGUGUUUCCCUUUACUGCUUACCUCCUUACAUAGCCAUCGGCAAUCAAUACUUCUCCACGAAGAAUGAGAACAAUUCGUACAACUAUACCCAGCUGGUAUUUCCGAUGAGCAUCCCAUUUCAGUUGAAAACUGCAUUUGCUUACGUUGCUGUCACCGGUGUACAACAAUUAAUUGCAUUAGCCAUAAUGACCAUGUGGAUAUCCUGCGACACAUUGUUCGCUCACAUGACUACGUACGCUGCUAUCCACUUUCGAGUUCUACGGUAUGAAUUGGAGAACAUGUUUGACAACGAUAGCAAGGCUCGGCCCAACCAAGUCGUGAAUCCUAAAAUUGUAACUCUCGCCGAACGCCACUUAGAACUUUUCAGCUUAUGCAACGCCAUCGAGGAUAUAUUCAGUCCUAUGAUAAUGCUGUCAAUGCUGCUCUGUGCCACGAAUAUGUGCAUCACAAUGUAUGAGAUGGAGAAGGUCAUGCUGUCCUUGGGUGAUUACGUGGAAUUCGGAAUGAAUUUUGCACACUUAUGCGCUCUUUUUUUGAUGGUUUUGAUAUUCUGCGGUUUUGCGACCAUGCUGAGUGAUCAGUCUGAAGACAUCAGUGUGGGCGUUUACGGGUCAAAUUGGUUCGGAUGCGAUCCUGUGAUGAAGAGCCUCCUCGUGAUCAUAAUGAUGCGUGCCCAAAAGUCUUUCCACUGUACAGCCUACGGCUUUUUUCCCAUCAGUCUGAAUCAGGUUACUACGAUCUUCAGUUCGGCAUUGUCCUACUUUUCGAUGCUACGGACGCUGACAUAA